CUUUCGUCAGUCUGAACUUGACCUCCGUGACCCACACGGCGAGUGACGCGUAACACCCGACCUCACGAGCUCCACCUUCGCCUUGCCACCAAUUCUUGAAGAGCAGAGAGGUUGCACGGACGCUGAGUCUUCCCUUGCCAGGUUACGCAGAGCCCAUGAGAAGCCUUUACGCCUGUUGGACAGGGAAGUCCCUCACGCCGCUGAGUUCUGCUUUCGCCAGAUGAAUAUUCGAGCUUCGUUAGCUGAGAUGACCUUCCGAGGUAGAUCAUUUUGUCUCCUGUGUGUCGCGUCCUUCGCCCUCGCCAUGCUCGUGCUGGAGGAGGUGUCUCCAGGAGAAAUCCAGGACGGCAACAGAGCGAGAAGAAGGCUGCUGGAGUACGGGCGAACCAUCUACGUGGUGACGGGAACCUACCAGCGGUCCAAUCAGAUACCGGAGAUGACCCAGCUGGCUCAGACCUUGAUGCUCGUGCCGGACGUGCACUGGAUCGUGGCCGAGGACACCCGCGUGGAUAAUAAAAGGCUCAUGGAGUAUCUCCAAUUCACGGGUAUUCCGUUCACGUACCUGAAAACUCCGACGCCCAGGAAGUUCCUCAAGAUGGACACCCUCCCUGUAGGUGCCUCCAGCUGCCGCGCCGCCAUCGCCUGGAUCCGAAAGAACGCUAAGACAGGCGUUGUUUACUUCGCCGACGAGGGCAAUAUUUACGACUACAAGCUGUUUGAAGAGAUUCGCUCAACGAGAGGCGUGUCGAUCUUCCCCGUCGGCUUCGUGCCUCCUUUGCAGCUCUCGACGCCCGUGGUGAAGGAAGGGCGGCUCUCCGGCUGGUACGACGGCUUGGCGAUCGACAGGAAAUUCCCCGUCGACAUGGCAGGGUUUGCCUUCUCCGUGGAGUUACUGCACCAUCGACCUCGUGCCAACGUAGACUGGUCAUAUGACUUUCAGGAAGAGAGCCUCCUGAAGGGUUUAGGCAUCCCACCAGAAAUGAUGGAGCUUAAGGCCGAAAAGUGUACCAAGAUAUUUGUGUGGUGUGUGGAAUCAAUAUUACCCAAACCAGCGACGAGGGAACUGUGUGACAGGCAAUACGACGGCACUAAUCUACGGUUAUUGGAGAGCCAAAUAGAGAUGGAAGGAACAUCGUGCUUAUAUGAUACGAGACACAAGCUGCUUUGACGGAGGAGGACUGAGUUUUUUUUUCUAAUAAGGCAUUGUAUAUAUAUUUAUUAGAUAGUAUCUAAUGAAAUGGAAUUGUGUAUAUCUUUUUAUGUGCUCGGGCGUUUUUAGUUCUUCAUGUUAUGCAUUCCUGCCCACGUUUGUGUGUGUGUGUGAGAGAGAGAGAGAGAGAGAGAGAGAGAGAGAGAGAGAGAGAGAGAGAGAGAGAGAGAGAGAGAGAGAGAGAGAGAGAGAGAGAGAGAGAUGCAUUUUCUUCAGGAUUUUAUUUUUGAAGUUUGCCUCUCAUUUGGCACAUAUUUUAUUGAGGUAAAAACAUGCAUUUAACAAGUUGGUGAUGAAUGCUGACAAGGGGUGAGGGUAAUUAUCUAAUAACUAACAUUCUGGUGAUAUAAUCAAGUAAAAUUAUUCAAACGUGUUACCUUCAGGCAAUCAACACCAAUCUCCCGAGUACAUCUUCAAUAAUAAUAAUGUUAAUAAUAAUAAUGACAAUAAUAAUAAUAAUAAUAAUAAUAAUAAUAAUAAUAAUAAUAAAUGAAAUUAAAAAUAAUGACAAUAAAAAAGUCUAUUCUGCAAUUUUAUUCCAUCUUUUAGGUCGCGUAUUGCAAGAUGCAAGUCGUGACAUGGCGUUGCAAAAAAUGCCACUAAGCAUUUUUUUUAUGAUUAUUUACUAUUAUUAUUAUUCAUAAAACACCAUCACCUUUUCCUCUAUUUCUUUUUAUUCCAAUGUAGGUACUAUGUUAGUUUCUGUGUUAAUCUCCAAUGCCACCUUAAUGGCGAUAAACAUUUUAUUUAUUUAUUCUUAACUUGUUAUGUGUUUAAAUAUUAUGUCUCGUUACCAGGCAGACUGAUAUGAAGUGUUGCUUUAAUUCGCUGAACUGUGGUAAUAUACCUUCUGUUGACACUA